AAUGUAUUUGGCUAAGGGGUAUGUAAACUUCUGACUGUAUGAGCAUCUUUGCCUGCUUAGCUAAUUCGUCGUCUUCCACUCCAACAGGCGACGCUAAAAUGCUUGUCAAAUGUAGUCUGUUUCUUUUCCUGCAAGCAUGACGUCACUUUGGCGCCGAAUCAUACGGAGGAAAGCGCGCGGAAGAAAACAUUUCGGCUUCAGAAAAAACUCCAAAACAUUUUAAUAACAUUAUUUGGGACUUACUCAGGAGGCCAACAUGCAGCGAAGCAUAGCGUCCUUUUUUCAGCCAAUGAAAGGCAAGGAGAAGAGUGAUGGACAGGUCAAAGUGAAGUCUGAACCUGUAAAAAGUCCCCUUAAAAUUCAGAAUGGCGUUCAGGAAUGUGGUUCUCCAGUAAAGAAGGUUAUCAAACGCGUCCGACCAAUCAUAGACAGCGAUGAUGAAGACCAGCCAGUGGUAAAAGAGCAGGUGCCCAAACAGACUGAAGUGCAAGCAGCAAAGCCAGAGAAGCCUGCGCCAACUCCUGUAUCUCCAAAAACGCCAAUGACACCCGUCACCUCCGGCACGCCGGUUGCCAUGGUAACCCCUGCUUCAUCAAACACCCCAGGGACUCCCGCGACACCAACAUCAACAUCACCGUCAGGAAUUCCGAAACGCAAGACAGAUGGAAAAUCCAGCAAAAACCAGCUUCUGGCUUACAAGCUGAGGCCGGAUUCACAAAAAUGUUCUAAAGAAAAGAAGAAAAAAAAAAGAGUUUCCCGGAAGCAGUUCCCUAAGAGGAAGCUGGAAAGCAGGAGUGAUGAAGAAGGAACAAAGGAGGAGGAGGAGAAGGAGGUAAAUGUGCAGGAGAGUAAGAGAGCUCGAGUGGAGGACUCACCUGACCAGACAGAGAAUGAGAAAGAGAUGAUGGAGGUGGAAGGGAAGAGUGAAGAUGGAAAGACUGCGGUGAAAGAACAAAAAGAGGAGGACAAAACAAAAACGAGUGUAGCUGUGGAUGUGCAUUUGAACAGAGAGACUAAAGAAGACAGUGGUAAAAACAGUGACAGUCCAGAGAAAAAUCUAAAUGGAGAGAGAGAGAAAAUAGAGGACAAGACAGAAAAGGAAGAUAGCAGUCCUGAAAGGAUGGUGAGAAAAGAGAGAGACUCAGACGAGGAGGGAUCAGCCAAGAAAAAAACCCUCAGCAGUUUCUUUGCCCCUAGAAAGGCAGCAGUAAAACUGGAAAAAGAGGAGAGCAAUGAAGGAGAGAAAAAGAAGGAUGGAGAGACUGCUGGCAUCUCUGAACAGAAAGACAAGAAGAGUGAAAAGGGGGUGGUGUCUGUGGUCCAGAGCCAGUACGAUCCCUCGAGAGCGAAUUACCAUCCCAUUGACAAUGCCUGCUGGAAGAGGGGCCAGAAAGUGCCAUAUUUGGCUGUUGCUCGCACCUUUGAGAAGAUCGAAGAAGAUUCAGGCAGACUGAAAAACAUCGAAACACUCUCCAACUUUCUGCGCUCUGUUAUUCUGCUCUCUCCAGAUGACUUGUUGUGCUGUGUAUACCUGUGUCUGAACCAGCUUGGCCCUGCGUAUCAGGGUCUGGAGCUGGGUGUCGGGGAGACCGUCCUGAUGAAAGCUGUUGCUCAAGCAACAGGGCGACAGCUAGACAAAAUCAAGGCAGAGUCUCAGGAGAAAGGUGACCUUGGAUUGGUUGCAGAAAGUUCACGCAGCAACCAAAGAAUGAUGUUUGCACCAGCCAAUCUGACUGUAGGGGGUGUGUUCAGCAAACUGAAGGAGAUUGCCAACAUGAGUGGAAACUCUGCAAUGAAUAAGAAGAUUGACAUAAUUAAGGGCCUAUUUGUAGCAUGUCGUUUUUCCGAGGCCCGAUACAUUGUGCGGUCACUGGCGGGAAAACUGAGGAUCGGAUUGGCUGAGCAGAGUGUUCUCUCUGCUCUCAGUCAGGCUGUGUGUCUGACGCCCCCAGGCCAAGAGUUUCCGCCGGCUGUGCUGGAUGCUGGGAAAGGAAUGAGUGUAGAAAACAGGAGAGUUUGGCUGGAGGAGAAAGGACUGAUCCUCAAACAGACAUACUGUGAGAUGCCAAAUUAUGAUGCCAUUAUUCGUGUCAUACUGAAAGAGGGCAUAGACAAGCUGCCCAAACACUGCAAGCUCACCCCAGGUGUGCCCCUUCGGCCAAUGUUGGCUCACCCCACUAAAGGGGUCGGCGAGGUAAUGAAACGAUUUGAUGAGGCAUCUUUCACCUGCGAGUACAAGUACGAUGGAGAGAGGGCCCAGAUCCAUAUUCUUGAGAAUGGAGAGGUGCGCAUUUUUAGCCGAAACCAAGAGGAUAACACAAACAAAUACCCUGAUAUCAUCUCACGAAUCCCACAGGUGAAGAAAGCCAGUGUAUGGUCCUGUGUUCUGGAUUCAGAGGCAGUGGCCUGGGACCGAGGAAAAAAACAGAUCCAGCCAUUUCAAGUCCUCACUACACGCAAGAGGAAGGAUGUGGAUGCCUCUGAGAUCAAGGUUCAGGUGUGUGUAUACGCCUUUGACCUGCUCUACUUGAACGGAGAGUCUCUGGUGCGAGAGCCUCUGUGCAAACGCAGGGCUCUGUUACGAGAGAGUUUUGAGGAGAGGGAAGGAGAGUUUGUUUUUGCUCGAUCUCUGGACUCUGAUAACACCGAAACCAUCGCUGAGUUCCUGGAGCAGUCUGUACGAGAUUCUUGUGAGGGCUUAAUGGUGAAAACUCUGGAAAAACAUGCAACAUACGAGAUUGCCAAACGCUCCCACAACUGGCUCAAGCUGAAGAAGGACUAUCUUGAAGGUGUCGGGGACACAGUGGAUCUGUGUGUGAUUGGUGCUUAUCUCGGGAAGGGAAAGAGAGCAGGCAGCUAUGGAGGAUUUUUACUGGCCUGUUACGAUGAGGAGAACGAAGAGUUCCAGUCUGUCUGCAAGAUUGGAACAGGCUUCAAGGAUGAAGAUCUGGAGCAACAUUACAAUUUCUUGAAGGAGCACAUUUUAACUAAGCCACGCCCAUAUUACCGUGUGGACCAAUCAGCAGAGCCAGAUGUCUGGCUGGAGGCGGUACAAGUAUGGGAGGUGAAAUGUGCUGACCUUUCACUGUCACCAGUCUACAAGGCAGCGAUGGGAUUGGUGGACCCAGAGAAAGGGAUUUCACUCCGUUUCCCACGAUUCCUAAGGAUCAGAGAUGACAAAAAACCAGAGGAUGCCACCACAGGGUCACAGAUUGCUGAUCUCUACAAGAAACAGCAGCAGAUUCAAAAUCAGAGUGACAAACCUGAUCUGGAGGACUACUAUUGAUUCCUGCGGAUUAAGGCUGAUUGGCUCCUGUUGUCUGCUUGACUUAUUCUCAUUGGGCGAGGGAGUUUGCAUGAAUUUUGUUUUUCAAUAUUUUGUUGCAUAUUUACAUGCUGAAUUUUAAUGCUGUGACAUUGUAAGACUUGAUGAAAAAUGGAAAUUAAAAUGUAAAUAGUCUGGCGACGAUUUGAUGGAGCUGAAAUAAACACUUGCUUUUCACAAA